AUGUGGAAGCGUGUGCUUGUAGGCCUUGUGUUAUGUGCAGGGAUGCUAUUUGGGCAUGCAGAGGAGAAACAAGAUGUAAAACAAGAGAAUUCUUCAUGUCCAUAUGAAUGCAAUAAGAUAUUUGAUAGUAUAUUCAUUAAAACAGACAUAGAACAAGCAAAGCGCAAUAUAGAUGCAGCAAAAGGGCCAUGCAAGCACUUUUAUGCGUGGUUUAUAUAUACGUAUGUGGACUUAGAUAUUAAAGCAGGGGUUGAGUCACUGUGGAAGUCAUUGUACUCUACGUGCAGCACUAAAAAUCUGGCGUAUCUAGUGUAUGCGAGCAAAAUGUACAGGAAGCACAACAUAAUUGGGACAGAAGCAGAGAUGGUGAAAUAUUAUAGGCCAGUGGCAGAGGAAGUGUUUAAUGGGUUUUUCAAGAAGAAGAUUACGCUGUUUACCAAGUGGAAGCUUUCUAGGCUACACAAGCAGGGAGAGAAUGCAAAGAUAAUCCAAUUUAUAAAAACGCUGAAGAGCACGGGAAGUGCAACUGCGAAUGAAAAUCUGCUUUCAUUGAUAAAAAUGGGGUAUAUUGAUGCAGAGCAGCACAUUGACUUUCUUAAGGAGCAUGCACGGACGGGGAGUGCAGAUGCUAUGGGGAUACUUGGAAAUAUGUACUACUAUGGAUGGGGUGUGAAGCCAAGCAAGAUAACUGCUCGGCACUACUUCUCAGAAGGGGCAAAGAAGAAUGAUGCAGAUUGCUUGAAUGGUUUAGGAAUGCUGUAUGCAGAGGAUGGGAAUGUGUUUGAAAGCAAGCUGUAUUUAGAGAAAGCAUCUGCAAUUGGAUCGCAGGAGGCAGACUAUAAUCUGUACAAGUUAUACGAAAAUGCGAAUAAGUUUGUUGGUGAGAUACAUCUGAUGAAGGCAGCCAAGCACGAUGGGUACUUGCCUGCAGUGUAUACAUAUGCAGAGAAGGAGCGACUAAAGGGAGACAUAAAAAGAACAACUGUCUCACAAUAUAAAAGCAUCGCUUCAUACCAUGACCAAGUAGUGGCACUAGAAAAGAAUGCAAUCGAGAUGUACAGAGACCACAGGAAUGCAGAGGCAUUUUAUAUGUCACUGCUAAUAGGGGAUCUUUGCCCUAAAACAGGAUAUGAGAAUGCGCAGUAUAUCUUGAAACACCGAGUAAUCAAGCCAGGUUUAAUCCAAAGACUAUAUAAGUACACCAGUCUAUGGAAAGACAAGAAAGAAUCUGACUCAGAACCAGCAGAAGUUGAAAUUAAAAUACAAGACAAAAAUGCGAAAGAUAUUGAAGAAAUUCUGAACACCCAGGCAGGAGAGACACAAAAAGAGAAUGCUUCUAAAGAAUCCAAGAGUACUGAAACAAAAAAAGAAUCAGUAAAUGAAGAAGCCGUGCCCGAUGUGAACACAGAAAAAAUAGAAAAUGCAAAAUCAGUGAACACCAAUAAUAACGACAAGAUAAAGAAUGCCACAAAGCUGUACAUAUUGCUGAAUACAAGGCUGGCAAGGUCAAGUGACAGCAAUGCAGCAAUAGAAUUAGGAGAUGCAUACUUCUACGGAACAGGAGUGAAGAAGGACCUUACCAAGGCAUUCUCCAGGUAUUAUUCAUCGUCCCUCAUGGAAAGUGCAGAGGGCGACUAUCUCACAGGGUGGAUGUACGAAAUGGGCUAUGGAGUGAAAAGAAACUAUGCACUCGCACAGACCUUCUACAUGCAAAUGUACGAGAGAGAAGAGAAUUCGUAUCUUUUAUACGGUGUGCUAAUGACACGACUGUUCAUUAAGAAGAACCUUUCAAAUAUAAUAGCACUAUUUACAGUGGGUGCAUCAGUUAUAUUUGGCUGGAUGACCAUCCCACAGGCACUUCUCUUUAUAAACAGAAGAAAGGCCGUAACAGCAGCCAAUAACCCAAAGCAAUGA